AAGUUCUUCUUUCUGGUAAUGUGUAGAUGGUUGGCAUUAACAUGGUUCUACCUCUAAAGGGUCUUCUGGUGAUGCUGGACCUCCUGGUCUUCCUGGAUCGGUUGGUUCUCCUGGACCCAAAGGUGCAAUGGGUAUUCAUGGACUUUCCGGACCUCCAGGUGAACCAGGACUAACUGGUUUCCGUGGUGAGGGUGGGCCUGCUGGACCAAAAGGUGAAAGGGGACCUGCUGGACAACAGGGAAUCAAAGGUGACCAUGGUGACAAAGGAGAAAUGGGCAGACCAGGUUCCCCAGGAAACUCAGGCAGCCAAGGACCCACAGGAGAGAAAGGAGCCAAAGGAUCUUCAGGACCCCAAGGAAUUGAUGGUGUAAAAGGAACCAGAGGUGACCAAGGCUCAAUCGGACUGCCUGGAAUCAGGGGUCCCUCCGGGCCCCCAGGAGACACAGGGCUUCCAGGAACACAAGGCCUGCAAGGACCACCAGGACUUGCAGGACACCCAGGACAACCAGGAGCUAAAGGUCAAACGGGCGCACCUGGACAAGUCAUCAAUGCAGCCGGCUCCAGCUCAGUGGCCGUUCCUGGACCACCUGGCAGUCCUGGACCAGCUGGACCAUCUGGAGCCCCUGGCUUAUCAGGCCCCAUUGGUCCUGCUGGGCUUCCUGGACAGCAGGGUCCUAAAGGAGGCCAGGGUGAUAAGGGGGAUCAGGGAGAGCCUGGCAUCACAGUCAAGACAACAGAGACCAUCAGUGCAACCCGAGCAGAAACCCGGUUUGGUGCAGCUGGAGCCUCAGCCCUCCCUGGCCCUCCGGGACCUCCUGGUCCUCCAGGCCCACCUGGCCGUGCAGGAGACACCAGACCAGGUCCACCAGGCCCGGCUGGUCCACGAGGGGAGCCAGGACAGUCAGGCUAUGGAAGACCCGGCCCAAGGGGAGAGAAGGGAGAGCCAGGCAGCUUCGUGCCCAACUCAGGCACAUUUUUCGCUGGACCUCCUGGACCGCCAGGGCCUGCAGGUCCCAAAGGAUCUCCAGGACUACAAGGAGCAAGGGGAUACCAAGGAGAGUCUGGCCAGCCUGGAUUACCAGGGAGACCUGGAGAUGCAGUCAGAUCCUCAGACUACGGAGCAGUGCAAGGACCCCCUGGGCCCCCUGGAACUCCAGGAUCUCCAGGAUCUCCAGGGCCAGCAGGACGGGAGGGACGCAAAGGGGAUUCAGGAUCUCCAGGUGCUCCUGGCUCUCCAGGAAAUUCCAGAGAUUCUGGGGCCUCUCGGGGUCUUCCUGGACCCCCUGGUCUACCUGGGCGACCCGGAACGCCGGGAACACCUGGACAAUCUGGACAAUCUGGGGGCUCGUACUCUACAUCCGAAUUCAGUCGCUACAUCUCUGACUACUUCCAGAGUAAGACUGGACUGCUCGUCUUCAUUUACCUUCAGUCCAUGUAUAACCUUUUUAUUGGAGUACUUGUGGAUAUCUUUGAUGUGUAUGCAUGUGACAGCGCGAGGCAGCACCUCAGUGGGAUUCGGGGUCCCCCUGGUUCCCCUGGUUCCCCUGGUUCCCCCGGUUCUCCCGGUUCCCCAGGGCCUGCAGGACCUUCUGUGUCCAUUGACGACAUGGCGACUCGUGUCAUGACCUACAUUCAGCCUUCUCUGGAGCUCAAGGCCCCCCUGGUCCCCCAGGGCCCCCUGGAACAUCAGGGACAUCAGGCCCAGUGUCUGUGA